AAACAAAGGAACAACAGACAGGAAAGACGCAUUAACUGAACAUUUUCAAUCCCACUGAACUUAAGUAACUAAAUGCGGAAACGGUCUUAAUGGACAAAGAGCUACACCUUUCUUGAAAUAAAUCCACUUUCUUCAAAGUUUUAUAUUCAACGUCGAGGAGAUGCCACUGGACGACCAACCAAACAAUGGCACUGAACCUUCUGGUUCAGACCAGAGCCCAGACCCGACACAGGCCCAAGCGGAAGGAGGGUCUAAAGACGUCGAAAUUCAAGCCUCAGACUCAGAUCCUCUCGAAUCCUCUGGAGAAGGGGAGGUUCUUAGGAAGCGGCAACGGCAGCACUCGCCGGCUCCAGGAUCCGCUGCAGGAGGACUGCAUGGAGGCUUUGCUGGAAUUGAAGCCUCUCCUCAUAAGAACAAAACUUUUGAAGAGUUGAUCACAGCUGCUGGCCUCGUCUCCAACAUGGCCCUUGCCCAUGAAAUUGUAGUCGAUGGGAAUUUCAAGUUGUCACCUCGUGACAUGCCAGAAAACUCAAUUGAGAAGCAGGUACACAAGGUCGUUCACCAGGCAUUUUGGGAUAGCUUGGGCGCUCAGCUUUCCGACGAUCCACCAUCGUACACACAUGCCGUCACUCUUAUCGGGGAAAUCAAAACGAUUCUUCUAUCGUUGCUCCUACCUCACCACGACAAGCUGAAAGGUCACAUUCUUGAGGUCAUUGACCUCUCUCUCAUCCAGCAACAGGCGGACCACCAGGCCCUCGAUGUCAGCAGACUAACUGCCUUUGUUGUCCAAGUCAUGUCCAAGCUCUGUGCUCCAGUCAGGGAUGAGGAGAUUGCUAAAUUGGCAACCCUGACCGAACCAGUUGAAAUUUUCAGGGAGAUCUUCCGAGUCUUAGACCUGAUGAAGCUGGACAUGGCAAACUUCACCAUCCAGAGUCUGAGGCCACAUCUACAGCAGAAGUCUAUCGAGUACGAGAGGAACAAGUUCCAGGAAUUCCUCAAAACCCAGCAAGACGGCUUACAGUACACAAGAGAAUGGUUAGAACAAGCAAGAGAGAAUCUAGCCGAUAAGGUCAAGAAACAACAAGAGUUGCAGCAACAGCAAGCAUCUUCAUCAAGCGAAGGAGCCAGCAACAACGGGCCAACGCCAAGCCCUCUCAUCUCACCGGCCGCCAUCUUGAAUCACGCUUAUGUCGAUCUGUUGAACUCUGAUCCUCGGGAGGGCAUGACAUUUCCUGAGACCGUCUUGAUGGAUCAAGGAAGGUUCUAUGACCUUGGAUCACAGGUCAGGAAGAUCGUCCUGGUAGGCUCUGUCCUUCUGGUGACCUACACCAACACUGGGAACAUGUUAGCAGGUAUCCAGGGAUUCCCCAGUCAGCUCAAACACAAUCUCUUCAUCCUGCUAGAUGAAGUGAGUGAUUUCAGCGCUGUGAUCGACAACCUAGCGGAACAAGUAACCAAAGAAGUGAACGAGUGCUUGAAGACCCAUGGUUUCCCAGAGUUUGAUGCACUGAGGAUAGAGGCAUUUAAGAGCCAGAUCAGAUCCCUAGGUCUCAAAGACAAUCAUAUACACAGUAUUCUAGACUCAAGACUACGAGGAUUUCUGGUGACAGCCAUUGCGGCGCCCUCUAAGUUUGACCCUUCGGCAAACAUUCCGCCAGGCCUGACCACCAUGCAGAGCCAGGUCCUUGAAACAACCAAAGCCUUCGUCCGUCUGGUCGUCCACAACAGGUCAGUCUUCGGACCUUUCUACGCUGAAAUACUGUCUAAGAUGGUACAAUCUCAGGUCACCGAGUAAAUGGACACAAGGCACUUCUCGCAAUGUCAACAUGGAUAUGAAAUCUGCGGGGAGAACCUCUUGAAAGGACUUGUCAGACAUUUUAUCCGACAAGUCCCGUUUUAUCCGACAGUUACCAUAGUAAUAGUUCUUCUCAGCCAAUCAAAAUCAAGGAAAGUUGUCGAAUCUGACAUGUUGGACGAAACGUUUGUUGAAAUGCCACUCCAGUUCCCUGUGGUCCAAUGGCAUUUUUGGCUAAAUCUGCAUCUGCAAGGAUCCAGGAUGCAUUUGCUUGUUCUAUGGAAGCAGCAGCCAAUCAGCGUGCUCGUGUGUUGUCACAUGUCCGCGAUUGACAUGUUGGAAAAGAGAAGAUUGAAUGGAAGAAGAUAAUAACUUUAUUGUCCAGUGGUAACAAUGACCAAUAAAAAUCAAGGAUUCUGUGAGUGUUACCAUUGCAAGCUAGUUUCGAUGGUAUUUUUUCCAUAAUGCAAACUGCCAUGGCAGGAUCCAUGGAGCUAGGGAGCUGUGGGGGCUCCAGCACUUUUUCAGUAAACAUGUACAAAAACAUGGAAAUAACCAUGAAAAUGUGAUUUUAUGCAUAUUUAGCCCCCCCUCCCCCUUUUGAAAAUUGUUCCACAGCUCUUGUAUGAAGAACCCGACACAGGAGUAAACCAUCACAUUGGCAGGAUAUAUAUAUAUAUAUAUAUAUAAUGCGAAUAAGAGUGUUUGCAGUGCAUAGCUAUAGAGUGCUGGAACUUUAUGUGGUGCCCAAUAUAUUGCCAUUUUGAAUCAGGAAGUUGACAUCAGGGAAAAAGAUACAUUGGAGGCUUGGGUGAUUUUCCCCUUUAAUGCUCAAAAGAGCCCCGGAAAAUCCCCAUUUAGUGAACAAUCCCCCCCCCCCCCCCCCAGUUUACAUCUAAAAUGUUCUACCUUUUUGAGAUGAUAUUAUGUCAUUAUUAUCAUUAUUUUUUCAUUAAUUUUAAUUUUUAAUUAGGGAAUGUUAGAUUUUUUUAAAUUAAGAACUUUACAUGAAUAUUUUGUUUAUGUAAUCUCAAUACCUCUAGAAUGUUUAAUUGAGAGAUAUCAAUUUAUUAAGUUUUGCAUUGCAAAAUUGUUUUUAGGAAAUUUAUUUUAUAACAUGUAUUCUGAAAUGAUAAGUAAAUAAUAAUUUAUUGUGUAGAUAUGAAAAGAAAUCUAGCAUCAUAGAAGAGACUAGAAUAAUCGUCUUGGCUUGCCUAUUGGGGAUUUCAUCCAAAACUCUCAUGUUUAUUACCAAUUGUGAUAAACCUCAAUUUACAUAAUGAUACCGACAUCAUCGUUGCAGGUUUGAAAACCCAUAUUAUUGUGGGACUAUGGGAUGAGGUGUGUGAUUGAAUUUUUCAGACGUGUAUCAAUCAGAUAUGAUUAUUUACGUCUGGAACCGACCUUUGACGUCACCAUCCGAAAGACGCGACCGGGGCUCGAACCUCUGUAUCAAUUUGUAACUUCCCCACGUAGCUUGGAUUACAGGCGCACGCCACAACGCCCAGUUGUGGAGUGAAUAAUUCUUGUCCUUACAUUAGCAAAGUUACACAUUUCUUUCCUAGUUAACUUGCAAACGUGUUAUCUUUUUGGUAAAUUAUAUUGUUGCAAAAAUAUUUGUUUUCUUAGUGAUUAAGAAUUAAGAAUAAUGAUAUAAUGAUAAGUAUAAUAAAAAUUGAAAAUUAGUUUUUCAGAAAUCUGUUUGAUUCAUGCAAAUGGGUUUGGUGGGAUUUUUUUUAAUGAGUUUGAAAUGUUUAUAGCCAAAAUGUGUGUUUUAUUGCAAUCUAUCUUAAUUUGAUUUAUGCAAAUAGUUCAUCUAUGUUUUAUUGCUUAAUGUAAUUGCUGAUUACAGUGGUUGGUUUGUGUGUUGAAAUUGUUUUCACUUGAUUUUCUUACAGACCCUGUCACAUCUGUCCGUGCAAGCCUUGCGUGUGAGUUGUGGGGGAUUGCCUGCAACUCACCCGCAACAAAGUUUUGAGCAUGCUCAAAACUUUUCGCGUGCAAAUCGGGUGUGAGAUAGGUGCGAGAUAGGCUACUGUCAUUGUCUCCCACGAGGCUUGCAUGGAACGAUGUGACAGGGCCUUAAAUGAUUUUUUAAUUGGAUGAAACCUUCAUUUGAUUGUUUUGAAAAUAUGCUUUCUUUUAUAGUCUAUAAAUUUUGUCAUGCAAUAGGGUGUUAUGAUAAGUGUAGAUAUUGAUAAAUGCAAAAAAAUAUGUAUUUCAUAAUACUUUUUAUGAUGAACUAACUCAUUCGUGAAAAGAAAUUUUUAAUUGAAAUAUUUCUUUCAGAUGAUAUGUUUACCUUAACCUUCAUUUUGAAUUAGAGGCAUUGUUAUACGAUAUGUUACGUAUUUUAAAAUCAUAUUUUUCUAAAGGUUAUUGACUUCCAUGAAAUGACCUAAUUUUAUUAUCGAUGCACCACCAUUCAUCUACUGCCUAAUUUGCCUCAUUCUCCUUCUCAGGAUGUAAUUUAAUAAAAAUACAUUUCAACCCA